AUGGUCCAGAUCAGCGAGGUCAAGGGCAACAAUCGCGACAACCCCACGGCGGCCCAUACACAUAUCAAGGGACUGGGACUGAAGACUGAUGGAACCGCCGAGAAGCAAGCGGCCGGCUUUGUCGGCCAGACGACAGCGCGAGAGGCAGCCGGUGUCGUCGUCGAUCUGGUCAAGGCGCACAAGAUGGCCGGCAGGGGCGUCCUGCUGGCAGGAGGACCGGGAACCGGAAAGACGGCGCUCGCGCUCGCGAUCAGCCAGGAGCUCGGCACCAAGAUCCCCUUCUGCCCCAUUGUCGGCAGCGAGAUCUACUCGACAGAAGUGAAGAAGACGGAGAUCUUGAUGGAGAACUUCAGGAGGGCCAUUGGGCUCAAGGUCCGCGAAACAAAGGAGGUCUACGAGGGCGAGGUGACGGAGCUGACGCCAGAGGAGGCCGAGAACCCCCUCGGCGGCUACGGCAAGACCAUCAUCACCUUGCUCAUCAUCUCAAGAGCGCCAAGGGACUGA